AUGCAAGACGACGCUCCAGCGCACAAAGCAAAAAAGACUCAAGAGUGGUGUCGAAACAAUUUGCCCGACUUCAUUCGCGCCAAUGAAUGGCCAGCUAAUUCGCCCGACCUCAAUGUUAUGGAUUUCUGUGUUUGGGCAAUUUUGGAGCAAAAAGCAUGCACAACAAAACAUGCAAAUGUUGAAAGUCUGAAAAAGGCUCUGAAGAAAGCCUGGGCGGAAAUUCCACAAACCGCCGUUAUCAAGAAUAAAGGUGCCCAUAUUGAA